AUGGGGUUUUUGAGGACUCGCCGAUUUCUGUGGAGACACCAUCCAUACCGAAAGCAGGCUGCUGCAUUCGACAACACUAUCGAGGAUGAAGUCACUCCUGAACCAUUAGCUGGAGAAGAAGUGUUGUCAAGGGUGGAAGGUUUGCCUCAUGACUUUGGAAAAGGAAAAAAGCCUGCCAAGCAUGCUGGUAGACCAAGACCUUGUUGGAAAAAGAAAAGCGUUUUCUUUGAACUUGAUUACUGGCAAUAUAUUCCAGUACGCCAUAUUCUUGAUGUGAUGCACAUUGAGAAGAAUUGUUGCGAUGCCAUACUUGGUACCCUACUGAAUAUUCUCGGAAAGACAAAGGAUGGAGCUGCUUCCCAUUUGGACAUGGUCGAUAUGGGCAUCCGAACUGAUUUGAAGCCCACUGCUGGUCUAAAAAGGCUAAGUUGCCUUUGGUACCUUCUCCCAAUUGCAUUACGAUCAGUUUUAGAGAAGCCUGUUAGGUAUGCCAUUAUUCAGUUUUGCCUGUUCUUUAAGGCAAUUUGUAGUAAAGUCAUAGAUGUUUCUAGACUUAAACAAAUGCAAUGUCAUCUGGUUGAUACAGUAUGUUUGCUGGAAAAGUUCUUCCCACCUUCAGUUUUCGACGUAAUGAUUCAUCUGACAGUCCAUCUUGUUAGAGAAGUUGAAUUGUGUGGUCCAGUGUUUUUCCGAUGGAUGUACCCCUUCGAGAGGUACAUGAAAGUGUUCAAAAGGUAUGUCAAAAAUCGACAUUUUCCUGAGGGGUGCAUAGCUGAGAAGUACAUUGUUGAAGAGGCUAAGGAGUUUUGUGCGGACCGUAUCCUUGCUGAAGAUGCUACCACUGUGGGAAUUCCCUCUACAAGCAUAGCUGGCAUGGACACCACAAACAGAACAGGCCCUUGUCACGGCCAAGAAUGA